ACAUGGCCUGGAAAUGGCGGUCGACUUCAUUAAAGGUUCGAUCAGCAAUAUUGAUGACACGGAAUAUCAUUGCAAUAAAACUGUUGUGCGAAAAGUCAUAUCAGGCGUAGUGGGAGCCGCAUCAUCUGUAACAUCGAUACAGGUUGCUAACCUAUUACGGUUAUUUAGGAUACCACAGGUUUCAUUUUUCUCAACGAGUCCCGAGUUGAGCAACAAACAACGAUUUGAAUAUUUUACGAGAACUAUUCCGUCGGACCUGUACCAGGUGAAGGCGAUGGUAGACAUUGUCAUGCUCCUGAAAUGGAACUACAUUUCCAUUAUUUACGAAGAAAGCAACUACGGCAUUAAGGCAUUUGAGGAGCUUGAAGUUUUGUUAUCGAAACGCGGCAUUUGUAUCGCCGUCAAGGAGAAACUCGUGAAGGAUUCUGGCGUGGCGGAAGAUCUCGUCUACGAUAGUAUCGUUAGUAAAUUGCUCACGAAAACUCGAGCACGAGGUUGUAUAAUAUUUGGAUCGGAUCAGGAAGUUGCGAUGUUGAUGCGCGCUGUACGGCGUGCCAAUGCCUCGCGUACCUUUUCGUGGAUCGGUUCCGACGGAUGGAGUGCACGAAAUUUGGUGUCGGACGGCAAUGAACUGGAGGUCGAAGGGACGUUAUCUGUACAACCACAAGCAAAUCCCGUUAAAGGAUUUGAGGAAUAUUUUCUUAACCUUAAUGUAGAAAAUAAUCGUAGAAAUCCAUGGUUCGUAGAAUUUUGGGAAGAUCAUUUCGAGUGCCGCUACCCAAACAGCUCAUUAACGCCGUACAACAAAAAGUACAAGAACCCGUGCACGACACACGAGAAGCUGGCGAAAAAUGCGACAGACUUUGAGGCGCAAUUACAGUUUGUGAGUGACGCUGUCAUGGCAUUCGCCUACGCGCUCAAAGACAUGCAUCAGGAGUUGUGUGGCGGCAAGCCGGGAUUGUGCGACGCCAUGAAACCCACAAAGGGAUCGGAUCUGCUCAAGUUUCUGCGAAAAGUUCAAUUUGAAGGUUUGACAGGUGAUUAUUUCAGUUUUGACAACAAUGGUGAUGGCCCGGCGCGCUACAACAUCAUCCAUUUCAAACAAAUUCGUCCGGGAAAGUACGAUUGGGUCAAAGUUGGUGUCUACGAUCGGGGUUUCCUAAAUCUUAGCAUCGAUGAAGUGCAAUUCAAAAUAGAUCAUCCAACACCUCCGCAGUCGGUUUGUAGUUUGCCAUGCAGCUUGGGCCAGGCAAAGAAAUACGUUGAAGGAGAAAUCUGUUGUUGGCACUGCUUCAAUUGUACGCAAUAUCAGAUCGUGAACCCGGAAGAUGAAACUCAGUGCUUGACUUGUCGGAUGGGCACAUUGCCAGACCCACUGAAGACAACUUGUGUGGCCAUACCCGAAGUCUACAUGCGUCCACAAUCCAUUUGGGCAAUUGGCGCGAUGUCAUUUAGCGCAACUGGUAUUUUGAUUACCUUGUUUGUCACGGGUGUCUUUGUGAAGAAUAAUGAGACGCCUGUCGUGCGUGCUUCUGGUCGAGAACUCAGCUAUGUGCUGCUAGCUGGCAUUUUGAUGUGCUAUUUAAUAACAUUUAGUCUGGUAUUCAAGCCCACAGACAUCGUAUGCAGCGUGCAAAGAUUUUCCGCUGGUCUUUGUUUCACCAUCGUCUACGGUGCAUUGUUUACGAAAACGAAUCGGAUUGCACGUAUUUUUAAAGCAGCGAAGCAAACAGCGAAACGACCAUCAUUUAUUAGUCCGAGAUCUCAAUUAUGUAUUUGCAGUGCGCUCGUAUUUGUGCAAAUAUUAAUAAAUGGUAUUUGGAUGAUAAUUUCGCCAGCACAUGCAGUGCAUCACUACCCGACACGAGAACAAAACCUCCUUGUUUGUAAUUCCUACAUGGAUGCAUCGUACAUGAUAGCGUUCUUUUAUCCAAUUUUCCUGAUAAUAAUUUGCACCAUUUACGCCAUACUAACACGUAAAAUUCCGGAAUCAUUCAAUGAAUCAAAACACAUUGGUUUCACGAUGUACACCACAUGCAUCAUUUGGCUGGCAUUCUUGCCGCUUUACUUCGUGACAGCGCAACACUUGUAUCUGCGAAUUACAUCGAUGUCCGUUACCAUUAGUUUGUCGGCAACGGUGACGCUCGUGUGUCUUUUCACGCCAAAGAUGUACAUUAUUCUCAUAAGGCCCGAGCGGAAUGUGCGACAAAGCAUGAUGCCAGUGCGACUAACGACAUUCAACAAAUCUGCGAAUGAUGGCAGCAUGAUGGGACCCGUGAUGCUGACGGCAGUGACAUCGGGCCAGAAUGAAAAGGUUAAAUCAGUGUCGGGGGAGAACAAGGUAGCAGAAAACGGCAACACCGUCAAAUACGUAGAAAUCGGAACACAAACAUGCACCGUGACAGACUUUGUUUUUACUGCUCCGCUGCCCAAAGCACCGUCACACAAACAACUAGCAAGUAGUUUAGCGAGUCCCGCAAGUCUUCACAGUAUUCCGUAUGCCGAUCAGUCCUCGCUGCCACCCAUGACGGGCAGCGGUAUCGGCAACGACGACAAAGGCGAAACAGGUAAGGAGAUUGUUCACUCGUCCGGCGAAACAACUCCGACAGCAACAACAACACAAAUACCAAACCAAAUGGUUUCAUCAGCCUCUUACAAUAAUCUAAGCACGAGUAGUGUGAAUUGUCACAACGUCAAUAGUGUUAGUGGUAACGAGAAGAGUAGAAUAAUCAAUCAGACAACCAAUAACAAUAGGAAUGAGACAUGCAUUCGUCAACGAAAUGGCAAUUUCAUUAGUUGA